GGUCACACUGAUUUUGUGAUUUUGGUUAGCCGCUGGAAACUUGCAAAUCAUUUCGUUCGUUUUUUUACUUGGCAAUUUAUUUGAUAAAUUCAAGCACAAUCAUGAGCAGACUAGGCUUUGAGCAAUUCCCAGAUUACCAGGUGCCCGGCGUAAAGCACCAGGAUUUCUCACCCUACGAAUCCAACGGCGGCUCCAUUGUGGCCAUUGCCGGAGAUGACUUUGUGGUGAUUGCGGCGGACACUCGCCUGAGCAGCGGCUAUAACAUUCACUCCCGGAGUCAAAGCAAGCUCUUUCAACUGUCGCCACUUACGGUGCUGGGAUCCACCGGUUGCUGGGCGGACACCCUCUCGCUGACCGGAUUGAUGAAGGUGCGCAUGCAAAGCUACGAGCACACUCAUCUGCGCACCAUGACUACGGAUGCAGUGGCACAGAUGCUCUCCAUCACCAUGUACAAUCGCCGCUUCUUCCCGUACUACGUGUCCAACAUUCUGGCCGGGAUCGACAAGGACGGCAAGGGCGUCGUCUACUCGUACGACCCGAUUGGCCACUGUGAAAGAGCCACCUACCGUGCCGGAGGCACUGCCGGAACCCUUCUGCAGCCGGUGCUGGACAACCAGAUAGGCUAUAAAAACAUGAAUUUGUCUGAGAUACCCGUGCUGACCAAGGAGCGGGCCGUGAGUGUCGCCUCCGACACAUUUAUCUCGGCUGCUGAACGUGACAUCUACACCGGUGACUCAGUCCUGAUUAACAUCAUUACCAAGGACGGCAUCGAAGUUAAGGAGCUUACUCUGCGCCAGGAUUAGACACAGUCGGCGUUUCGGGGGUCUUAUUCGGUCAGGGGCAUCCUGUGGAAAAAAGGCAUUUUAAGUUAGUUGGCUUCAAAUUUUUGUAAUUAACCGAAAUAACAAAAAUCGUAAUAAACUGAAUCUUGGAGAUUUUAAA